AUGUAUUUGUUGUUAAAUUUGUUUAAAACGUUGUCUGACUGUCUGAUUUCUCCUUCAGCUCUGUUGGAUCAACCAUGGAGGACUCUGCUGAGCAGCAGAGAAAGUCUGGACUUUCUAAAAUCUUACAAACCCCAAAACGGAGAAGUCGAACAUCUCAGGAUUCUGCUCUAUGGUCCCGUUGGUGCUGGAAAGUCCAGUUUUGUGAACUCUGCUGACUCCGCUUUAAGAGGUCGUGUUACUGGGCGAGCUGAUACAGAUUCAACCAUGUCUGGGAGCAGCCAUACCAAGCAAUACAAGACUUACAAAAUCAGAAAAGACGAUCAGAGCUUCUAUUCUUUCGUUUUUAACGACAUCAUGGGAAUUGAGCAAAGCCUGGACCAUGGAGUUCAUGUGGACGACCUGAAACUGGUUCUGCAGGGACAUAUGAAGGAUGGUUACGAGUUCAACCCUGUCAGCCCACUGAAACAGAACAAUCCGUACUACAACUCCAAUCCCUCUCUGGAUGACAAAGGCCACGUCCUGGUCGGGGUCAUUCCUGCUGACAAAGUGUCUCUGUUAACUGACAGAGUAGUGCAGAAGUUAAGACAACUCAGAGCAGCUGCCACUGAACUGGAAAUUCCCCAAAUGGCCAUUCUCACCAAAGUGGACCAGGCCUGUCCUGAGGUGAAAAGAGAUAUUAAGAACCUACACAAGAGCAAGUACCUGAAAGAGAAGGUGGAAAAAUUCAGCUACUUGCUGGGAUUACCAGUCAACUGCAUCUUUCUGUUGAAGAACUACGAAUCAGAAAUCAACACCAGUGAUAAGAUCAGUGAGCCGAUCCUGACCGCCCUGAAACAGAUGGUGAACUAUGGAGAAGACUACGUGAAUGACCAUAGUGAAGAGAUCGGUGGAGGGAAUUCUGAUCAGCCCACAUUGACACCACCUCCUCCACAACCUCAACCUCCUCCACAACCUCAACCUCCUCCAGAAUCUCAACCUCCUUCACAACCUCAACCUCCUCCAGAACCUCAACCUCCUUCACAACCUCAACCUCCUUCACAACCUCAACCUCCUCCAGAACCUCAACCUCCUUCACAACCUCAACCUCCUUCACAACCUCAACCUCCUCCAGAACCUCAACCUCCUUCACAACCUCAACCUCCUCCAGAACCUCAACCUCCUCCACCUCCACGUAAGAAUUUCUAA